AUGAAUAAAGAACUUGCUGCACUAUUGGAAUUGUUGCAAGAUGAGUGCAACGAUAAUGAGGUAGAAGUGAACUCGCAAAACAAUGUCAACUGCGCUCAGGAUAGUAAAAAAGGUGCGUCUGAUGACGUUUUUCAACGAAAGGGAAGUCAACGGAGGGACAAUAAAUCUAGUGCUUUUAAGAGCUUAAAGGAUAUGGGGACAGGGAGAUGGGUAGUGCCGAGAAAGUGCUCUUUAUGUAAUACAAUAACGAGUAAAGUUACAUUACCUCGUAUGAAAUUAGAACCCGAAACUUAA